AUGAGCAGAAGCUUGGGGAUUCCGGUGAAGCUACUACACGAGGCUUCAGGCCACAUCGUGACGGUGGAGCUGAAGAGCGGAGAGCUUUAUAGAGGAAGCAUGGUAGAGUGUGAGGAUAACUGGAAUUGCCAGCUCGAGAGCAUCACUUACACCGCUAAGGAUGGGAAGGUCUCACAGCUUGAGCAUGUCUUCAUUCGUGGCAGUAAAGUCAGAUUCAUGGUCAUACCUGAUAUGCUAAAGAAUGCUCCCAUGUUCAAGCGCUUGGAUGCCAGAAUUAAGGGUAAGAGCGCUUCACUCGGAGUUGGCAGAGGUAGAUCUGUUGCAAUGCGGUCUAAAGCUCAAGCUGCUGGACGUGGAGCAGCCCCUGGCAGGGGCGUUGCACCACCUGUUAGGAGGUAA